GACAAUUGAUGACGUCACCUGCUUCAUUUAAAAUGAAACAAGUUUACCAAGUUAUAUUAACACGUUCAUGUUGGAUAUUUCAAUGUAUCAUUGAAAUAACAUCAGAUUUGUGUUGAGCAACCUCCGCCAAGGCGACUUUCCCCGCGAGUAUCAACAUUAUUAUGUGAAUAUUUCAUCAAAAAGGAGAUGAACUUUCCGUUUCGCGGCAAACUUUCCCGUUCUCCCGGGUUUGCCUGAAGGCACCGCGCAUGCGCGCUGGCGCCCGCGCUGUCAGCGAGACUUUUUUUUUUCUUUUUUUUUUUUUUCUUGCGGUUUUGGAAGCUGUCAGCGGUGACGUCAAUCAGGCAGUUCUGACCAAUUAGAGGCCAGCCUGAUUGUAGGGGGGGGGGGGCAACGCGCGCUAUUCUCCCCGCGUGUGCGUCCCGCUGCUUCCCGCAACUUUUAUCAACUUUUUUUUUUUUUUUUUCCUCCCGAACGCGCGCGCGCCGCGAUUAAAACGUAUUCGUCACCGCCGCCGUCGCCGUCGUCGUCGUCGUCGUCGUCGUCGUCGUUGGGCCCCGCUGCUGCCGCGCGCGCGUAAUGAGCGCGGCGGACGCGCCGCGAUGGACGUGCGCGGGGAACGCGGCGCUGAGAUUAGCGUGGCCGGCGGGGGCUCCGCGCCGCCGCCAUCAUCACCACCCGGCCCCUUGGAGCGUGACAGGCGUCCCGGGGUUCGGCAGCCAUCCGCGCUCAAUGGCUGACGCGCACCCUGGGGAGAUGAGUGCGGAACCCCGCCUGGGGCCGAGUCCAUUCGGGCCAGAACACAUGGGGCACUCGGCGGCCCUCAAAAUCCGCCCAGCCCACCAUUACCCUCCUCCUCAGCCGCGGCGGCAGCACAUGGCAGGCCACAGUCCGACGUUCGGCGCCUACUCCAUGACGCAGGCUCUGGCGGCGGCGGGUCGGAGCCACCCAACCCCGCUCGGCCACGGCGUGUUCGUGUCGGCGACGGGUGGGUACACGCCCGCGCACUACCACCACGCGGACUUCCACCACGACCCGGCGCCGGACGCGCAAAUACGCCUGGGACUACCGGCGGACGCGUACGCGCCGGCGGACCCCUUCUCCGCGCCGCCGCUGCACAACUACGCGGGACUCAACCUCAACCUGGGCGCGCAGACCACCAACGCCACCGGCGCUUUCUUCCGGUACAUGCGGCAGCCCAUCAAGCGGGAGCUCAUCUGCAAGUGGACCGGCGGCGGCGGUGGUAGCCGCCUCUGCUCCAAGACCUACGGGACCAUGCACGAGCUGGUCACGCACGUCACCGUGGAGCACGUGGGCGGACCGGAGCACGCCGACCACGUCUGCCGGUGGGAGGACUGUCCCCGGGAGGGCAAGCCCUUCAAGGCCAAGUACAAGCUCGUCAACCACAUCCGCGUCCACACCGGGGAGAAACCCUUCCCCUGUCCCUUCCCGGGCUGCGGGAAAGUCUUCGCGCGCUCGGAAAACCUGAAAAUCCACAAAAGGACGCACACCGGAGAGAAGCCGUUCCGGUGCGAGUUCACCGGAUGCGAGCGUCGCUUCGCCAACAGCAGCGACCGGAAGAAGCACAGUCACGUGCACACCAGCGACAAGCCGUACACGUGCAAAGUGCGCGGCUGCGACAAGUCGUACACGCACCCGUCGUCCCUGCGCAAGCACAUGAAGGCGCACUGCAAGUCCCCGCCGCCCAGCUCCGGGUACGAGUCCUCCACGCCCUCCCUGCUCUCGCCCUCCUCAGACCCGGGCCGGGAGGCGGCGGCGGCGGCGGCGGCGGCGGCCUCCUCCGCGGCCUCCUCGGGGCCCGCCAACCUGAGCGAGUGGUACGUGUGUCACAGCUCCGGGGCCAGCGGGGGCCACAGCGGAGGCUCCACGCCGGAGGGGCCCCACUACCGGAGUCAGGACGCCUUUUAGACUUUGGACCUGCUGCCUGAAAACAAACAUUUGUGUCGUGAUUGUCUUUUUUUUUUUUUUGUAAAUACUCUUAACUUAUUUUUCCAGCUGGUUUUGUAUCCAACGGACCAAAGUUGUACAU